AUGACUUAUGUUCCCGCCCUCGUCAUUGUAGACGUACAGGAGGAUUUUUGCCCUCCAAACGGGACCCUCGCAGUAACCGACGGCCGUACUAUCGUACCGCUCCUCAACGAGCUGCUCGAUCUUCCCUUCGUCAUCAAAAUCGCAACCAAAGACUUCCACCCGCAAGACCAUGUCUCAUUCGCCUCAAACCAUCCUCCCCCCAACAACAAACCCUUCGUAUCCAUGGCCACGAUCAUGAACCCUCAAAACCCCAAGGAAUCGAUCGAGUCGAGAUUAUGGCCCGAUCACUGCGUGCAAGGCACACCCGGCGCGGAGCUUCUCCCGGAAUUACACGUGAACAAAGUGCACGAGGUGGUAGAGAAGGGCAAGGACAAGCGCGUCGAAAUGUACAGCGCUUUUGCGGAUCCUUUUCUCAACCCGUGUGUGGUAAAGAGUGGCCUUGCAAAACUCCUUCACGAUAAAGGUGUGACGGACGUGUUUGUGGCUGGACUGGCAGCCGACUAUUGUGUACGAUAUACGGCGCUCGAUUCCGCAAAGGAAGGCUUCAAAACAAGGGUCGUUGGGGAGGCAACUAAGCCGGUUAGCCCAGAGAGCAUGGAGGAGGUAUUGCAAGAGUACACGGCGGCCGGGGUGGAUGUGAUUGAGAUGAGCAACGAUAGCAUUGAGAAGGUGAAGCAAUUGAGAUGA